AUGACCACGGUGUUUUUGGAUUUGAGUCUCGGUCCAAAGCCGUUGGGACGUGUGAAAAUUGAGCUGUACACGGAGCAGCUACCUAGGACCACCGAAAACUUCCGCCAAUUCUGUACAGGAGAGUACAAAGAACAGGGAAGACCCAUAGGGUACAAGCAGAGCAAGUUCCACAGACUCGUGCCAGGGUUCAUGUUACAAGGGGGCGACUUUGUGCGUGGGAAUGGAACAGGAACGAAAACCAUUUUUGGCCUGGACGCGUUCGAGGACGAGGCGUUUGUGUACAAGAACGAGCCGUUCACGGUUGCAAUGGCCAACUCGGGGCCGGACACCAACGGGUGUCAGUUUUUCAUCAAUCUUGCUCCCAACCACUUCCUUGACGGCAAGCACGUAGUGUUUGGCCAUGUGGUCGAAGGACAAGAUAUAAUAGAGACCAUUGAACGCGUAUCUGUGGAGAAUGAGAAACCGUUGAUCGAUGUCGUCAUAUCCAAUUGUGGUGAAAUGUAG